AUAGCGACGUGAAAGCGGCAGCGCCGAUAUCACCGAUGCGGGCGCAUCCGCCCCUGCCAAUAAACUCGUGGAUAGAACAAGUGUUUCGCGCUCGCUUCCAGCCAAUCACAUUGUCCCAUAGCUGCGCUCGCGUACGGAGUCAGUCAGAAAAUGCAUCCCGCGAGAGGGAAAGGCCGCGGAGAAAGCGGCGAUGGACAGAAGCCGAAAUAAGCCAAGUGUGGAAUAGUCGCGCCCUCCUCGCGAAUACGCGAUAAUCUGUCGCGCGCAUGUGCAGUAUAAGCGCGAGCGAGCGAGAGAGAGAGGCGAGAAAGUCCGGCCGCAGCAGUAGCGCUCGCUUAGUCGCUUGUGUGUGAGCGGCAGUAGUGCGCCAGGAUGCGCGAGGGGCUCGCGGCCCUCCGAGGCCCUAACCAACGACUCUGCCACUGAGUGGAGCCAUCACCUGCUGCAAGCUUCGAUUUCCUAUACUUUAGAGAACGGAGUGUAUAACGAAGAAGAAGAAGAGGAGAAGAAAGAGGCGAAAGAGAAACGAGCAUACGAGAUGAUGCGAGGGUUGGGCUGAUAGCUACACACCGCACUUCCGCGCGUCUCUCACAAAAAGAGCUGUGUCUCUCCGUCUCCGUCUAUACCUACUGUGGUGUGUGCGCGCGUGUGUGCUAUAUAUGUGUCGUGCGCGUGUGCCAGCCUGUGUGAAACCCGAGCCGAGGCUACUUGGACGACGACGACGAGGAGGAGGAGGAACAGCAGCAUCGCUGGAGGCGCGCCGCUGACUCUGCGCCGGAGAGCAGAGGACGUGUUGUUGACCAGACGAAAUGGCUUCGGGAGACAACGUCGACGUGAUCGAGGUGGUCGAGACCAACGUCGCCGGGCCUGCCAGCUCCACCGGAGACCAUGACCCCGACGACUCGGGCGACGAGGAUCACAAGUCCAACGCUGGAGAUAAGCUUAUGGUCUUUGAUAGUUCAACAGCUCAACAUGGUAGUGUGGGUCCCAAGUCCUCGGCCAGUGUGUCGAGGAACAAGUCGGAGAAGGAGAGGAAGAUUGGACAUCGAAGAGUUGGAGUGGGUGGUGAAAUCACCUACAAAAAGAUUCAAACCACACAAAUUAUGGGAUCCAUCCAGUUGGGUAUACAGCAUGCAAUUGGAGGUCUGGCAAGUAAACCUGAACGUGAUUUGCUUAUGCAGGAUUUUAUGACAGUUGAGACAACAAAUUUUCCACAUGAAGGCUCAAAUCACACACCAGCUCAUCAUUUUUCAGAAUUUAAGUUUAAAAAUUACGCACCUAUUGCAUUUCGUUACUUUAGGGAUCUGUUCGGUAUUCAGCCAGAUGAUUUUUUGAUGUCGAUGUGUAGUGCGCCAUUGCGCGAGUUGUCCAAUCCUGGUGCUAGCGGAAGCAUUUUUUAUCUAACUGAGGAUGAUGAAUUUAUCAUAAAAACUGUUCAGCAUAAAGAAGGCGAAUUUUUACAGACACUAUUACCUGGUUAUUAUAUGAAUUUAAACCAAAACCCUAGAACUUUACUGCCAAAAUUUUUUGGUUUAUACUGUUAUCGCUGUAAUAGUAAAAAUGUUCGACUUGUUGCCAUGAACAAUCUUUUACCAUCAGCAGUUAAACUUCAUCAAAAAUAUGACUUAAAAGGGUCGACGUAUAAAAGAAAAGCAUCUAAAUCAGAGAGAUCAAAACGCUCACCUACAUACAAAGAUUUAGAUUUUAUGGAACAUCAUCCAGAAGGUAUUUUUCUAGAAUCAGAUACAUAUAAUGCGUUGAUCAAAACUAUUCAACGAGACUGUAGAGUUUUGGAAAGUUUCAAAAUCAUGGAUUACUCAUUGUUACUUGGUAUACAUAAUCUUGAUCAGGCUGCUAGGGAAAAAUCUGAGCAGAGGUUAUCGACAAGUGCAGAAGAGGAUAUUGGAGAUGGUACUGAUAGUGGUGGAUUUACCCAAGCUGAAAGGGAAAGAGAAAGAGAGGAUAGAAUAGGAGCCGCUGCUCUAAACAGAUCUCGUAGUAUAAACCGCCAAAGGCUGGUUGCUCACAGUACAGCUAUGGAAAGUAUUCAAGCUGAGAGUGAGCCAAUUGAUGAAGAAGAUGAUGUGCCUCCGGGUGGUAUUCCAGCGAGGAACGCACGUGGCGAGCGUCUUCUUCUUUUCAUUGGUAUUAUCGACAUUCUUCAAAGUUAUAGACUGAAGAAAAAACUUGAGCACACAUGGAAGUCGAUGAUUCACGAUGGCGACACGGUAUCCGUACAUCGACCUGGCUUUUAUGCUGAGCGCUUCCAAAGCUUUAUGGCAAAAACGGUCUUCAAGAAGAUACCUUCACUGGACCUGCCUGAGAUUAAGGGGAAUCAUCGCAAAUUCCGUAACCUCGUCACCAGCUACAUAGCGCUGAAGCAUUCCCCGUCGAAGAGGAAAAGCAUCUCGAGGCCGCUGAGGCCACUGGAGGGUGACUUCGACUCCACAGCGGUGACGGCAACUGGCAGCUCGGCUAUGCAUGCAACAUCACCCACGAAGCCUGUGAGUCCCGUCGAGGUGCCGGCGACGAGCAGCGGCGGCGUCAUCAGCACGGGCUCGAUCCCGAUCGCCACCUCGACGCCGGUGAGCGCACCCGCGGGUCCGGUGAGCCCGCCGCCACUACAGAGUCAGCCGUCGGAGCCGGCCGGCACCACCAGCACCAGCCUCGCCGCCAGCAAGCCGAGCGUCCAGUAUCCGGCUGUCCUCAAGGGCAGCAGCGGCGUCCGGAGCACGGCUGCGUCGCCGCCGAACCCGAACCUCGUGCCAUCGGGCAAGGUGCCGCCCCCGGUGCCGCCGCGCGGCAGCAUCUCCGCCAGGGGCAAGUCCUCCGACUCCUCGUCCCCCCGAGGUGGCACCCUUCCUUCCACCUGCUCCACCCCGCCCCCGCCCUUUGACGACGCGGUGCGCUCGAACGACCAGACUCUAGCCUCCGGCGGCCAUCAUCCGCAUCACCACCAUCAUCAUCAGCAGCAGCAAGGGAGCACGAGCCCGUCGAUACUGACGAGCAGCCUUGCCGGCUCGCAUGUCGGCCGAAACAAGGUCGUGCACCACGUCACCCUCGCCAAGACCUACCACGACACCGUCAGCAUAUCGGACGUGCACUUGGAGAGCAGCUGUAGCGGCGGCAGCAACGACGGCCGACCGACAAAGUCAUCGCUGAGCGUCGAGAGCGGCGGCAGCAGCAGUCGCGGCGGUGGCGGUAGCCACAUCUGGACACCGCCCGCUGGUAGUGCCGAGGGCUCGACGCCUACCUGGACCGAGGGCACGCCCUCCUUCACCGAGAGCUCCAGUAGCGGCGACAUGGGUUGUCCGACGACGCCAGUUCGAGGGAGUCAGCGAGCGGAAAACGGAAGUCGAAUAGCGGCAUCGGUCGAGGAAGCUUUGGCUAGUCUCACUACGGAAAUGGAAAUUCUACAGCGAGAAUGAAGACACCUCGCCGUUGUCUACACACGGAGAUUGUGAUACGUCGUGCAACGGUAAUCGUCUCGAGAGAAGAACGAAAACGAAUCACGCUCGCACCGUAUUGAAAGACACAGUAAAAGAGUGAACCGCUUCCCCGUCGAGUGUGCGAUAUUUCGCACGAUUUUAAUGAACAAAAAAAAAGAGUAUUACGCGCGAGACUGGCACUACUUAUAGUCUCGGAAUGUUUGAGGGAUCGUACCUAGUUGCAUUGUAUAAUUUAUUUAUUUUUUUUUUAAGUUGAAGAUAGUUGGGGACAAUAUGGGGAGCGAGAAAGAGCCACAGAACGAAGCUGUUUUCGUUACGCUAGUCUAUAACUGUUGAUGAUUGUUGAAAGAAUCGCAUGAUGCUUAAAUUAAAUUAAAAAGACACUCGCCGAGUCUUAGAAUUAAAUUCACAUACUCUCAAAUACGUUAAAAUGUACAUAUAUAUUAGUAAACUGAAAUGUUUAGUUGAUUUUUUAAAUGGUAUGUAACGAUUAUUAAUGUAUACCGGUAUGUAUUGUUAUCACUGUAAACAAAGAUUUGUUUCAUGCGAAAUCAACGCGGAGUUGAAUAUUGUAAAUACUGAUGCACUUUGUUCGCUUCAAAAAAACUAAAGUUGCAAAUGCUCGUGUUGCGCAGAAGUAUACGAAAUUUCUUUACGCCGUAGGACAAAAUUCUUUUAUACAAGAAUUCUCAUUUUUCACCUUUUCUAAGCAAUUGUAAUAACUCGGAUCAGUGUCUUUUUAAGUUAAACAUUGAUCAAACUAAGAUUUGAUGAACGCGAUUAUACAAAUAUAAUACAGUUAAAAUUGAGGCCCGAAGAUUUUUGGCCUACGCGCGGUCGACGCGCAUACGCGUUGAAGACUUGCAAUUUCAUAGGCGAAUCCGCUAGUUCAAAUGGAAAAUCAAUAUCGCGUAUCUUCGGAGAAAGAGAGAGGUUCAAAAGGAGAACGCAGACCGCGACAAGAAUCCGCUUCCUUUCCUUCGAGGGCAUUUUAUCUCAGUUUCUUAUAUAGCUAUAUUAUACUUCUUUGCGACAUUUUCCACGCGGCGAAAUUGACGCUUUAAGCGAGGACGCACGUGUGAGCGCUAAUACAUAAAUAUACAUACAAAAAAUAAGACUUAGGAAAUAUUAAAGGAAUUGCCAAGCGAAAAUGCUUAAGUAGAGAACGUUGUUAUUAUUAUAUACAUAUUGCUUGCAUUGAAAAAUUUUUCGUCGCUCUAUGCGAGGGAUUAAGGAAUAUUAAUAGAACAUUUGGGAUUGAUGAAAAUUUCCCGAAGCGGAGUUUGGGAAUAUUAUUUACUUCUCUCGAUGUCUUCAACAUAUUAUACCAAACGUAAAGCACUUUUUUUGUUUUAUAUUUUUAUACUUACAGUCAAAAUUCGAUCGUCCAAAUUCGCUGAUUAUUUCUUCUAGAGGUUGAGAGAACUUAUAGAAGACAACAAAUUAUUAUUAUUUAAUAGCUGCAGGUGGGAGGGCUGAUGUUUAUCGGGAAAAAAUAUAUAAAAUAGACGGAAUGUUUUUCGUGAUUGUAGGGGAAUUUUCUUCUAUUUCAAAUGCACUGCGAAAAAACAUUUGUAAAUACAAAAUAGUCGAUUUAUAGAGACAUGUGGUGAUACUUAAUCUCGAUUUUAUUACGAAAUAAUUGUGUAAUUAUUAUAAAUAACAUAUACAUAUAUGUAUAAUCUGCAAGUAUGUAUAGUAUACAACAUAUGUGUAUAAUGUGCAUACAUGUAUGCAAAUAAUGCCUUAAUCAUUGCAUUUUUCUUUUCAACAGUUAUUGUGUUGAUAUAGACAAGUUACAGAAUAUGAAAUAUUUUCGCGUUGUGUAUUACAAAAGAGAAUAGCAACAAAUGUUAAAUCCAGAUGCAUUUUUAUUCAAGUGCAAUAAUAAGUAACAGAUUUUAACAGUAACAAAAGGAAUGAAGAGCACUUAUAAUUUCUAAAACCAGACAAAUAAUAAUCAAACUGAAACUUUUUGUUAAUGAUGCAUUGUGAAAUUACAGAUUAUGUCGUUUAUUUAUGCUGUGAGGAAAUCCGAUGUAAUAAAUCAUCCUGUUGGAAUAUUCCAAGUACAAAUUUGUAUUGCUAUAAUAUUAUAAAAUCAUUUUGAAACUGACGAAAGUACAGGUUAUCUCCGUAGAAAUAGCAACAAAUCCAGGGAGAAAAGUUAUAAAACGAGGCCCUUAUGAACAAAUUUUAUAUUCAUCAAGACUAAAAAUAAAAUUUACUUAGCGCGUAACUUUCCUAUUUAGAUGUUAAAUAGUGAUAACUGAUUAAUUUUUCCCCCCAAAGUUCGUUUCUAAGAAUAUUUAUAAAAUACUUUAGAAAAUCUUUAAAAAAAUGCUGCUCACAAUUAAAUUUGGACUGUAAUAGGCACUAAAGGUAUACUAUACAUACAUACAUAAAAAUACGUGUAUCUCUGUGUCUCGACUUAAGUCUCUAUCUAUUAUUAUGUAAUUAUUAUACAUACAUAUACGUAUUUUAAAGCAUAUCCUUAUGCAGUUGUAUGCAUACAUGAGUUCGUGUAUUAUAUAUUGCGAGAGAACAAAGGUGAAACGUUAAGAAAAACGAUUUAGAGAGCGGAAAUUGUACUCGUAAUAUCGAAGUCUCAAUCAGUCUUGCCUCUUUUUGAAUUAACACUCAAUGCAAGAAGAUUAUUUGUUCGAACAUUCUUUUGAAGUACGCUUUUUUUAAUUAUACAUGUUAAAGAUGUGGCAAUAAAUAGAUAAUAUAGUUACAUAGUUUUAAGACAAAUAAUCAAGGAUUCUUAGCUGCUUUACGUGUUAAAGCUCAUUGAGUUAAGACUGAUUCGAUUCGAGAUUGUGUAUAGGACGGAAAAAAUUAGAGAUUUAAAAAAUUACUGUAAACGUUUUGAAACCAAAAUGUUGUUCAAAUAUAAAUAUUAUUAUCAGAUGGUUGAAGCUUGUACGACUGACGGAUAUUGAUAUGCAUCGGAACAAUUAGAAUCGUAUUUUCUACAAGUAAAUAAACAUUUUAUUUUAUCCUUUACAUUUUAAUUUAUACUCUGCAAUAAUUUCGAAAAGUCAAAAUCACCAUUUCAUUUAAAAAAUGAAAUACAACGAAAUCGAUAACUCUUAGUACAGUGUUAAUGAAAAUUCAUUUUACUUGCUAUUAAAAGCAUGUCAUGCAAACAGUUGAGAGAAAUAGUAGUUUAAAAUAUUAAAGUUUUCGUCAAUUUAUCAAACAUACAUCAGGCAUCAAAAAUAAAACGUUAUACAAAAAUCACAACCAGGAGCAAACUAAAACGAAUUGCAAAACUAUUAGGAUAAAAAUCCAAACUAUAUUAAAUUUUGAAAAAAUACCAAAGAAAUAGCAAAUUUAUUCAUAUAAUGGACAUAGCAACUAUGAAAAAUUCGAAUUUCUGUUUUACCUCAUCGAUUUUUUAAAGAUAUGAAGGUCUCAAUAUGACAAGGUUUACAAAAUAAUUGUACAAAGUAUUAACCUUGAGUUAAAACAUAAUAUUGAAUAGCUUUGCUUAAAUGACAAUGGUAUAGGAAUAUCUUUUACCAUGCACAUGUAUAUCUAUGAAUGUCUCGUUCUAUCCACUUCAAAAACGCGUUGGAAACUUUUUUCAUUUGCUUUAUCGGAGUAUCCGGUCAUGUGCAUUUAUACAAAACAUGGAAAAAAUAGAACUACAUGCUUUCGACAUCGCUUUAAUAAACAUCCAAAAAACUUGGUUUCGCGAUUUUAAUCGGUUUUCUUAUUUGCAAAUCGGACAUAACAAAAUUAAAUGUUAAAACAGAACCUAUGCACGAUAUAAAAAAAUUAUGAUGCAAAUCUAGAUUAGGGUACAGAAGGACAAAUACUCAGGUCUCAAAGCCUAAUAAAGUUUAAAACGCAUUGUGUUAUCUACAAAUGUCAUUUGUUUAUAAUAAUUUGAACAAAUUCUUGAUAUCUUAAUGUUUCUUCUGGCUUAAAAAUUGUAAUAUACUUGAACUUAUUAUGUCCAUGCUCCAAGAUUCAGCAUAAAAACCGCUAGAAGUGUUGUUAUUAAAAAAAUAAAAAAGAUAAGAAAAUAUCAA